AGGGCGUCGGGGCUUCUCAAGGGACACGGGGAGGGGGUCCAGCUGGGCUUGGGACCCCCUCAUCCCCCUGCGGGCAGGGGACGGGGGCCAGAGGGGCCCACGGUGGUUCAGCAGGCAGGUGACAUGGCUGGGCCGGGAGAGCAAAGCUACGUCCGGGAGUUCACCCGCCACGCCAGUGACGUCCUCAUGAACCUGAACGAGCUGCGCAAGCGAUGCAUCCUGACCGAUGUCACCUUGCGAGUAGGAGGGUGCCCACUGCAUGCCCACAAAGCCGUCCUGACCGCCUGCAGCGGCUUCUUUUACUCCAUCUUCCUGGGCCAAGGGGGCCACCAAGUGAGCGUCCUGACCCUCCCCAGCUCCAUCGAGCCGGCCGGAUUCCAGGCCAUCCUGGACUUCAUGUACACGUCUCGCCUGCUUCUCACGCCGGGCACCGUGCCGGCCGUCCUGGCCGCCGCGUCCUACUUGCAGAUGGAACACGUGGCCGAAAGCUGCCACCGCUUCAUCCAAGCCAGCUAUGACCGCGUCAGCUCUUUAUUGACUCCUCCAACGGCGGACUUCCUCCACCAUCAUUUCCAGACUGUAGAAGACCCAUCCGCUGACCAUUUGCAAAGACGGACACCCGAUAGUCCCAUUCCGGCCGCAGUGACCGCUGCCUUGCCCGCCGUAUCCUACAGUCCCAAAGACAAGCCAUAUGGGUCUUUUUUCUCUCCUGGAAAUGGGAGUCAGUCUCCUCCUGGCUGGCCGGCCUCGCCUCGGGGGUCCAGCACCCCGGACCCCAAGGCUUGCAACUGGAAGAAGUACAAAUUCAUCAUCCUGAACUCCAGGAUGCACGAAGACAACGAGGAGGAGGAGGAAGGACGACUGGACACCCCAAAAUCCCCUGACCACAUGGAUACGGAUAGAAACAACUCGGGAACGGGACAAAGCAUCUUUCGCAGGACUUCCCCGGCUCUGCCCCGCUGUUCUGUCUGCAACCGAGACUCCUUUGGGGUUGUAGGCCGAGGAUCGUACCACUGUGGGGGGUUUGAUCUGCCAAUACUUCAGGAAGAUAUUGGAGGGCCCAGUCCACCAACAGCCUCUGACAGCCCCCCAGAGAAGCCCUACAAGUGUCACUUCUGCAGCUCAGGCGUCCGCUACAAAGGAAACCUGGCAAGCCAUCGGACGCUGCAUACAGGAGACAAGCCGUACCACUGUGGCAUUUGCGGAGCGCAGUUCAACCGGCCGGCCAACCUCAAGACCCACCUGCGCAUCCAUUCCGGCGAAAAACCCUACAAGUGCGAAACCUGCGGAUCCCGAUUUGUACAGGUGGCCCACCUGCGGGCCCACGUGCUGAUCCACACUGGAGAGAAGCCGUACCCAUGCGGGACGUGCGGGACGCGCUUCCGGCACCUCCAGACCCUCAAGAGCCACAUCCGCAUCCACACCGGAGAGAAGCCCUACCAGUGCGAGAAAUGCAACAUCCGCUUCCGUCACAAGAGCCAGCUCCGGCUUCACCUGCGGCAGAAGCACGGCGCCGUCACCAACACCAAGGUGCGCUACAAAGUCCUGGACGGCCCGUACGCCACCCUUUGCUGAGCGGAAUGCUGGGAGUUAUAGUUUCGCAAGGUCUUUUGGCCUUACCAAACUACAACUCCCAUGGUUCCAUUGCACCUGCAGAGCUCUGCUGGCAGAGCUGAUGGAUCAAAACUCUGUAAAGCUUAACAAACUUCAAG